AUGAAGUUGGGAGACUUCUUGGACAACGAGAGGGGUAAGGUGCAACUGGACGUGGAACCUCAGGGCUGCCUGGUGGUGAGGUCAUGUUUUAUAACCCCAUCAUUGAGCUAUGCCUAUGCUCCAAAGGCAGAAAAAAAUGUCUUCCCCAAGCAGCGAGGGAAGACAUUUUAGGGCGCCAUGAAUGUUGAUGCCGUAACUUGGGUACGGUUGCCCUGGAGACUCAUCCUUAAUGACGUACCCAACCGGCGUUACCUUCAGACCCAACACAUCUCUGGCUCUGAGAUACCGUACUCCGGAGAUUCAGCCAUGAAGAAACUGAAUCUCCGUGCGAACUCGGAUAGCUUAUCUCUGAAGAGCCUAUCGGGGCUGCCUUCCACCUCUAGUAGCCUGAUUUCUCCAACCCGGAGACCCAUCGCCCCUCUACAGCUACCUACAGCCAGCCAGGUGACCCCAGGCCCUAGCCUAUGUAGCCCCCAGAAGAAAUCGCCCUUGAGGCUUGACGACUUCAAGUUCUGGGCAGUGCUAGGCCGGGGUCACUUUGGCAAGGUACUGUUGUCUGAAUUUCGCGCCAGUGGGAAACUCUAUGCCAUCAAGGCCCUGAAGAAGGGUGACAUCCUCGCCGGAGACAAAGUCAAGAACCUGAUGAGUGAGAAGCGGGUUUUGGCGGCCGUCACCAAGGCAGGACAUCCCUUCCUGGUGAAACUCUUUGGCUGUUUUCAGACACCAGAACACGUCUGCUUCGUGAUGGAGUACUCGGCCGGCGGAGACCUCAUGCUGCACAUCCACAGCAAUGUGUUCUCACAGCCGCGGGCCAUCUUCUAUUCCGGCUGCGUGGUGCUGGGGCUCCAGUUCCUUCACGAGCAAAACAUCAUCUACCGCGAUCUCAAAUUAGACAAUUUGCUCCUCGACACCGAAGGCUACGUCAAGAUAACCGAUUUCGGCCUCUGCAAGGAAGGGAUGGGCCAUGGCGACCGGACCAGCACGUUCUGCGGAACCCCCGAGUUCCUGGCACCGGAAGUGCUGACCGAAACAUCUUAUACAAGAUCGGUGGACUGGUGGGCACUGGGCGUAUUGCUCUAUGAGAUGCUGGUCGGAGAGUGCCCGUUCCCUGGCGAUGAAGAAGAAGAAGUGUUUGACAGCAUCGUCCACGAUAAGAUUCGCUACCCCAGCUCCCUGUCGGUGGAGGCCACCCGCAUCAUGAGAAAGCUGCUGCGGAGAAACCCAGACCAGAGGUUGGGGUCUUCCGAGCAUGGCGCUGAAGAUGUGAAGAAACAACCCUUCUUCAAGACCCUCGCCUGGGACGACCUGCUGGCCCGUCGCCUGGCCCCACCCUUUGUGCCUAGGUUGUCCGGGCGCACAGAUGUCAGCAACUUCGAUGUGGAGUUCACCGCCGAGGCCCCCAUGCUGAGCCCACCCCGAGAUGUGCUGCCCCUCACUGCUGCGGAGCAGGCGGCUUUCCGAGAUUUCGAUUUCGUCGCAGAAGGCUACUAG